CGUUCUUCGCCGACGCAAACCCCCCGCUUCUCCGUCAUCCCCGAAAAAUCAAACCCUAGGGUUUACGGGGGGGCCCGGCAAUGGCCGACGCCGGUGAGCUGGAGGGCUUCCGGCGCCUGUCCGGCCUCGCCUUCGACGAGCUCUCCCGGCGGGACCUCUCCUCCGCCUCCGGCCCGCCACCCGCCGACCUCCCCACGCUCCUCCGCCUCUGCCUCCUGUCGCUGCCUCUCUCCGCCGACGCGGAGCUGGCGUUACGCCGCUGCACCCGCCUGCUCGCCUCCCUCCGCGGCAUCCUCUGCCGCGACCUCGACCCCUCACUGCUCCCCGCCCUCGAGGUGUUCCUGGACAAUCUUGUAUCUAGCAACCAACUGAUGACUUGCUUUACUGCGGCCAAUGCUGUUAUGCCGAGACGCUCAAGAAUCACCUCUCUGGGUUCGGUGUGCAGUGGUGGCAACCUUUUCGUCAUGGAGCUCAUGUCGCAUCACUUCAUUUCAUCUGUGCAAGACGAGGAGGGGUUUUUGAGCGCACUAUCAUGGUCAGCGAAGGCUAAGUUGGAAGUUCCAGAAAUUGGCCUUUCAGGAGCUCUUUCCCUGCUCCACAAGAGCUGCUUGCUCUCUAUUCCGCCUGCUGUCCAGGCUCAUUUCUUACUGCUGGCGUGCAGAUGUGCUGACAAUGGGGAUCUGAACAUGAAUUUGCUGGCGUUCGAGCAUGCCAUGGAUGUCUAUUUGAGUUACUUACCUGCAUUAGGUGUUUUCAGAAGAACUAGUGGUGUAAAAAGGCCGUUGGGUUGUUCCAUGAAAAGAAGACCUUUGAGCUCUUGUUUACAGGCUGCAACUCAUCAGAAGCUAGCCUGUGAUAUCAAUAGGCUGGUUUUGUUUUGCAACUUGCACUCCAAUGACGACUUGCCCAUCAAUGAGAGUGAUAUAGUCCGUUUCAUUGAAGAGAACCAGCAAGUACUUCAUGAACAAUCUAGGCAGGACACUAUUACUGCUGUGAAAAGCAUAGUAUCAAAUGUCCUUCUUUUGGCAAAGCAGGAAGAGAUGGAUAGAUUAUAUCCUAAUGUUUCAGAGGAGAUUAUCUGCCUUGCUGCAGCACUUAGGCUAAUGGGCUCCUCUUUUAUACGAAUUAUGCAUUGCAUUAGGCAAAUGACAGUGGGAGAUGGCUGCCAGACCACACAUUGUUUAGAACCUUGCAAGGUGUUUAACAUCGUAUCAGAAACCAUCAGCUUACUUGGGCACUAUGAACCUAAUGAGCUUCAGAGAAAUGACUUAUUUGAUACCAUUGGUAAGCCUGGGGACGGACAACAGGGAGCAGUGCUAAUGCUAUCUCAUUUUGCUACCUUAUCAGUUCAUUGUUUAAGAAUGAGGUUUAACUUUAUGUGGAAAGGUUGCAUUUUCAUGAUGAUGAUGGCCAAUCUUUGUGCUACUGAAAUGUAUCAUUUUCUUAUUGAUGGUUCAAAAGCAUCUAAAGUUCGUUGUGCUGAUCAAGAUGGUAGUUUGAAGGCCUCUGUUCCGAGAAAAUCUUCUACAGUGAUAGCAUUACGGUUUCAGAACACACAGCAAGUUUAUAUUCAAGAUAAGCUUGGCCCUGGCUUUGGUGAGGUCUGCAGUUCCGAUAGUCUUCAGAGGUGUACAUCUAGCUAUGGAAGGGAUAAUGUUAGAACCAUUCUCAAAGGACUUACAGGACGUGGGGAGGAUUCUUCAGAUCUAUACGAUUUUAUUGAAUGCAAUCCAAGUUUGGAUUAUUCAAAUUGGUGGACACAACGGAAGAAGUUUAAAAAGUUUAAGGACCACAAAUGGAUAAGAAGCAAGAGACAUUCUAUGAGUAGACUGAGAACCUCAAAGGUAUGGUUAAGAUAAAAGUGCGCCAAUGUACAUCACCGCCCCUGAUGUUACCCAUUCAGUGGGUCUUUUGUAUAUAGUUCCAGUGGGUGGUUCAGCCGCUAGAUCUCAUGGGCGUUGGGCAGCCCAGUACCGGUGGAGGUAACAUUAUCCCUAUCUUCCCCUCUUACUCAGUACUGUAGCUCAGUUGGUCAGAGUUUAUUGGAUAGGACUAGGAUGGGUCCUUCCCUCUCUAUAUAAGGAGAGAUUGUAUUGUGGUUUGGAUUAAGCAAUGAAAAUCGAUUAGUCUAAUCUCUACUCCCUCAAUGUUCUUCUCCCUGUUCUAAAUUUAUAUCCCUUCUCCAGUAGCUGACGCUGCCUGGAUAUCUUCUUGGCGGUGGUGUUUUGAAUGAAGAAACAUUAGAUUGAAGGUGAUAGUGAAACUUUGAUAAGUCACAAGAAUCUUAUAGCAUUAGAAAUAUCAUAACUGAGAUUGACUGGUUCCAGGAAGUCCACUCGAAUGCGGGAUAUGUUAAUGUUCUGUUUGUACGUGUGCAUUAUUUGUGUUACUUUAUAAUAGUAGAAUCACUAGCAUGUACUGUAUCAAGUAUCAUGUCUGUUACUUUUGUAUCUCGGCAUAUGUUCUCCAACACCCUUUGCUCCUUGAAUUUUCAUGUAACUUUUGUAUCUUAACAUAUGUUCUCUAACACCCUUUA